AUGAUAAGUCGCACGGGUGAAAGCCUGGCUAUUCCCUCUGAAAUUCCCCGGAGGCGCAACGGCCGCCCCCAGGCCUGCGAGCCGUGCCGCCGGCGCAAAGUCGCCUGUGACCACAGACUUCCUAUUUGCUCGAGGUGCAUCCGAAAGAGUGCCCCCCAAAGCUGUCGUUACCUCAUCAAGGGCCAGCUCGUAACGCCGGCUCUGUCUUCAGUCGGUGCUACAAGACGCCAAUCGGCGGAUAGCCGGCAGCAUGGACAGCCGGCAGAGCCCAGCCCACCAACAUUAAGCCCGACAACUCUUAAAGAUCUUGCCUCUCCUUCAGAUAGAAUUAGUGGCUACUUGGGGGCCACGAGCUUCCCGGAAUUCUACCGCGAGACUCAAAAGCAUCUCGAUUGUGUAGCAGGCCUUGAGCCAACCCGUGACGGCUUAGCCGGCAGCAAUAACAGCGGCACAGCAUCGACUAACACGGCAGUCCCAGAUGCAGCUGCUUUUGAGGCUGCCUUUGCAGUGCUACGGCUAAUACCAGAACAGGGGGGAGCCAAGUUCUUAUACGCAAGGAAUGUGAACCCUGCAGACUCAUGGUGCCGCCUCGCCGUCGACAAACUCCACGACUCACUAUGGAAGACACUGGGACAUUUCUUAGAAGGAGAGAGGAGCAACGAGGCAUUGUCACAGAUGGCGUUGUUGCUCUUUCAAAAUAGCUCCAAACCACUUCGAGAAGAUUUCACAGACCCUGAAGAAUGGUAUGAGGCCUUCUCUGGGGUUAAUUUUCGAUGGGAAAGUAUUGGUAUCUUAUUCGGAUAUUGGACUUUUGGAGCCACUUCGCUAUUAGAAAACGGCAACGUCGAACAGUGCAAAUCACUUGGAGAUCACAACCGUAGAAAGCUGAUGCAGAUGUACAAAAGUGGCACAAACAAGUGCCUCGACCUUUGCCGAUUGGGUACCAGUAACAACACAAUGAUGGUGUUUCUCACACACAUGAGCAGCCUCACAGCCUCGCUCAUCACCGGUGACACAGGUGCGGAAUUCUGGCGUCUGCAUGCAGAAGCCGUCGCCAUGGCCACCUUUCUGGGUCUCCACACACCUCAGUCGUCCGGCUCACUGCCAGAAGAAUCGGUAGCCGUUCAGGCGAAGCGAAAGGUCUUUGCUGCCGUCUUCAAUACCGAUAUGAUGUUGUCGACUUUAACUGGCCGGCCGCCGCUGCUUAGCAGCAGGCUUUGUUCCACACCACCACCUCUGGAGAUUGAUAAUGCUUUAUUAUUCGAUCCCAAGAUCACCGACUAUCGACUGGACAAGGAUGGAUGGAAUCUUGAUGGAAAUUUUUGCCCUAUGACGUUUACACGAGCUCAAACCAUGAACUCAAAGAUACGGAGCGAAAUCUUGGAGAUGGUGCUCCAAGCACCCAAUCUCGCGAGUAACUAUGAUAUUGACGAACUACGCAAACGAGAAAUGGAUACGAUAGCACGAUUCCCAAUAGGACUGCGGCUCAGAAACGAAGACUUUAGUGAUCCUGAAAUUAACGGCAUCACCCUCUACAGCAGAUUAAUAGUACGAUUGGAACAUCUAAGCAGCCUGUUCUUCAUUGAGAAGCUGUCGUACAAGGGAGAUGGCCUUUACAGCGCACAAACACUCGAGAUAAGCCUAGAAAUGAUUUCGCUUACCGUUACGUUUUGGACGCAGCAGAACCGCCUGGACGGUCUGCAAGGAGACUACGAGUGGCUCGUCAUGGUAUAUGCGGGACCUGCAGGGGGGAUUCUGUGCAUGGAACUUUUGAGGACUUGCUCAGGUACGGCAGAGUCACCGACAACGGCCAAGAUUACAAAAUCCAUGAUCAUAAAGCAAUUGACUUUGCUGGUUGGCUUUCUUGAGUGGAUUGGGCCGUCAACGCCGGGUGCUCAUCUGUGCAGCAGUAUCAGGACGGUCGUCGAGCGAGUAAUCGAGCAGGCAUUGAAUCCCACGCCAAAUCCCGCGCCUCAGCAAGAAUUUGAAAUGGCAUGGGAUACAAACUUGCCGGAAGACAUGAACGAUUUUAAUUUUGGACUGCUGGACACGUUUGACUGGCUAAGGCUUCCGCCGACUGCGAUGUAA